AAAAACAAAAAAUAAAAAUAGCCGUUAUGCGUUUCAAGCCUUUCAAUGAAAACCCAAACCCCAGCUUGCAAACGCUAUAUAAACUCCAUCCCUCCUUCUCUUCUUCGCUUCAUUCGUUGUUCAAUCAAGCGCUCUCUCGAUCCCUCUCUCUCUCUCUCUCUCUCUCUCUCUUCUCUGCAAGCCAACGCGAACAUCGCCCUAUUGCCAUCAAUCUCGAUCGCCGGCGAUCCUCUAUCUUCCUCCCGAUCAUCCCGUCUUGUUAGUUUCUUGUGAUUUCUUGUUCAUAUUUCUCAGAUUCUUCGUGUUUUGCAGGGAUUUAGGUCGUUGGGUUUUGGGAGUUCUUGUUUGUUUUCUUGACGAAAUGGAUGCGGGGAUUUCCUCGUCAUCGGAGAAGGUAAGGUCUAGGUUACGCCGCCGGCCACUUCAGGAAGUCGCUGUCUCGAAGCCAUAUUUGCCCUCCAUGCGUAGCACCACCUCCUUCGUGCGCGGCUCGUCUUCUCGGAAGAAUCAGAAUUUUGACAGGUUCAUUCCAGACAGAUCAGCAAUGGAUUUUGAUCGGGCGCACUCUCUUCUAACUGAAUCAAGGAAGGAGAAGGAGAAUGCAGCUGCCUCUUCUCCUUCAAAAGAGGCGUACCGGAAGCAUCUUGCUGAGGCCCUGCUGCAGAACAGGACCAGAAUCCUUGCAUUCAAGAGCAAGCCACCAGCGCUGGUUGAAAGUGUGUUCCAAGAAGUUUUCUCGGACAGCACUUCUUCUCAUCAAUCCAAGUCAGCCAAGCAUCAGAGAUAUAUUCCACAAUCUGCUGAGAAGACAUUAGAUGCACCAGACCUAGUGGAUGACUACUAUUUGAACCUGCUGGAUUGGGGAAGCAGCAAUUUGUUGUCAAUCGCCCUUGGGAACACGGUAUACUUGUGGAAUGCAACCAACUGUUCGACCUCUGAACUUACAACCGUGGAAGAAGACUAUGGCCCUGUGACAAGCGUUAGCUGGGCUUCUGAUGGUCGGCAUAUCGCCAUUGGGUUGAACUCCUCUGCUGUGCAGCUUUGGGACACAAGCUCCAAUCGCUUGUUGAGAACUUUGAGAGGUGUUCAUCAAUCCCGUGUUGGAUCUCUGGCAUGGAACAACAAUAUUCUAACAACGGGUGGAAUGGACGGCAUGAUUGUCAACAAUGAUGUGAGAGUAAGGUCUCACAUUGUUCAGACCUACCGAGGACACCAGCAAGAAGUCUGCGGACUAAGGUGGUCAGGUUCUGGCCAGCAACUGGCCAGUGGAGGCAAUGACAACCUUCUUCUCAUAUGGGACCGUUCAAUGGCCUCGUCAAACUUCACUCCAAAUCAAAACCAAUGGCUUCACCGGUUUGAUGAUCACAUGGCAGCUGUGAAGGCCCUCGCUUGGUGCCCAUUCCAGAGCAACUUGCUCGCAUCUGGUGGGGGAGGGAGUGAUCGAUGCAUCAAGUUCUGGAACACCCACACAGGUGCUUGCUUGAAUUCAGUGGACACUGGCUCUCAAGUGUGCUCCUUAUUGUGGAACAAGAACGAGAGGGAGUUACUGAGCUCUCAUGGAUUCACACAGAACCAACUAACUCUAUGGAAGUAUCCUUCAAUGGUUAAAAUCACAGAGCUAACUGGUCACACCUCUCGAGUUCUUUUCAUGGCUCAGAGCCCGGAUGGCUGCACAGUUGCUUCUGCAGCUGGGGAUGAAACACUCAGAUUUUGGCAUGUGUUUGGAUCUCCUGAAACACUGAAAUUUGCUGCUAAAGCAGCACAUGCUGGCCCUUUCUCCAGUUUCAGCCACAUCAGAUGAUGCAUGGAAGGAGUUAUUAAUGAGAGAAGUUAUUGUUCCUCAGUGUACAUGAAGAAAGAGUAUAUUGGAGUUUGAUGACCAAUUUGAUUGUGAUUGGAUUCAAGCUUUUCUGGAGUGGACCUGCUGAAUAAUUUUCCUUGACAAUCUCAAUCAGCCUUUUCUCGUGGAAAGAUUCACUUAUUUUGUGGGAUAACUUAUUUGGAGAUUGGAUUCAUAUGGUAUAUUUGUAAACCUUAUUAUAUUAUUAUUUAGUGAGAGAUUUCUUUUUGUAAACCUAAUUAUAUUAUUUUUCCCCCUUUGAUUUGUUAAGGGUUUUUUUUUUUAUUUUUGGAGAAUUGUAAUUCUGAAAAUUGAGAGAAACUUUGAAAACCAAUCUUACAAAA